AUCAAAAAAAUUGAGCCGAACUUCGUUGGCACUUCCACUAAACCAGUGUCCUGAAAUUUGAUAUGAUUGAGAGAAAUGAUGAAGUAAGAUAUUUCCACAAAAUAUUUUGUUGAAAUUUUCUUACUUUGACGUGGAGUGGCAUUGACCAACCAAGUCGCUCCAAGGCCGAAAUGGACUGAAUAAGAUUCUGACUACCAGUACCAGAUUACUGUUCAAACAUCAGGCAUCACACAUCAAGCAUCGCGAAUCACCGAUCACGGUCGCAGUCCCUUCGACCUCUGAAGCCACAGCAAGUGAAUUCCAUUCACCCCAAUUCCAUUCUUCUUUCCAACAAAGCGCUCUUUCAUGCUCGCCUCCGAUUCCAGCUCUGUGCUCGGACCCAAACCCGUCGUGCCUGCCCGCAACCCGACUCUUAACCGUUUCAGCGCCGGCGAAUCCUGCGGCCUCUUCCAUCCGCCAUCUCGAUUGAGACCCGCCGUCUCUGCGGGGCCCAACCUUUCCCUCAAUACCGUUCAAAUGGAAGCGCUCCGCCGGAUGGGCCGCGGUUGCUUCAGCUUCAAGAACCCCCGACUCAGGGUAGAGGCCGACAGUAGUGGCGAGGACCUGUUUGUCGCUGCGUCUGGCUCUGUCGCCAAGCAGGUUCCCAGUCACCUUGUUAUUAUGGUCAAUGGUAUAAUUGGAAGUGCUGCAGAUUGGAGAUAUGCUGCGGAGCAGUUUGUGAAGAAACUUCCUGAUAAAGUUAUUGUACACCUUCAUGUUUUUUUUUUUUUUUUUUAUGGUGUUGAUACAAUGGGUGAGAGGCUAGCCGAAGAGGUUCUAUGUGUUAUUAGACGUUGGCCACAGGUGCAAAAGAUAUCCUUUGUGGCACAUUCUCUUGGGGGCUUGGUGGCAAGAUAUGCUAUUGGAAGGCUUUAUGAUUAUUCUUCAAAAUUGGGACCUGUUGGGACAAGUAGAAACAGCAUAGUUGACGAAAAGACAGAAUAUUUGAAGCCAUGCCUUGAACCUGGUUCUGAAAACAAAAUUGCUGGUUUGGAGCCAGUGAACUUCAUUACAUUUGCAACACCACAUCUUGGUUCACGAGGAAAUAAACAGCUUCCAUUCCUUUGUGGUCUUCCUUUCCUUGAGAGAAGGGCAUCCCAAACUGCACAUUUAGUUGCUGGGAGAUCUGGGAAGCAUCUCUUCCUCAUGGACAAUGAUGAUGGAAAGCCCCCUCUGCUUCUACGAAUGGUUGAUGACACUGACGAUUUAAAAUUUAUGUCAGCUUUACGUGCAUUUAAGCGUCGGGUAGCAUAUGCAAAUGCAAACUAUGAUCAUAUGGUUGGAUGGCGUACUUCAUCAAUUCGUCGUCAACAUGAACUUCCAAAGUCAAAUCUUCUUGUAAUUGAUGAGAAAUAUCCACACAUUGUUUACGUUGAAGGGGAGAAUGCAAAUGACGGUCGCAAUAAAGCAUCUUCUUAUGUUGGAGCCCAAGCAGUUGACUUAGAAGAGGUGAUGAUAAGGGGUCUCAAUCAGGUACCAUGGGAGCGUGUGGAUGUUAGCUUUAAGGAGAGUAAGCAGCGGUAUGUUGCUCACAGUACAAUCCAGGUGAAAACGUACUGGCUAAAUUCUGAUGGUGCUGAUGUUGUUUACCAUAUGAUAGAUAACUUCCGUCUUUAGUCUUUGGUAAGUUUGUUGUCAAUAAAAUCAAUGCUGUCAGCAAUUGUUGUCGUCUGAUGUUUUUCCCCCGGCCGUCUUACAUCGAAACUGAUGAAGAUAAUUUGUAUACCAAGGAAAAAAAACGGGGUAGAAAAAGAGAGAGAGAAGAAAACGAUGGUUUGUAGUUUGUACAUUGUAUUGUAAACUAUUGUAGUCUUUUCCCCCCCUUUU